CACCACCUGAUUUCCAGAUACGUCAGCGUCAUGGAGGAAGUAAGAGUGUUUCCCCUGACCUGUGCAGUGCAGAAUUACGCGUGGGGAAAGGUGGGGCUGGACAGCGAGGUGGCCAAACUGGUGGUUGGUGGAGACCCACUGGCUGUCAUCGAGGAUGGCAAACCUUACGCAGAGCUGUGGAUGGGUGCCCACCCAAAAGGAGACUCCCAGAUUAAAGACAACAGGAUAGCACAGACCACACUGGGUCAGUGGAUCGCACACUUCCCAGCAUGCCUGGGCUCCAAAGUCAAGGACACCUUCCAGGGUCAGCUGCCGUUCCUUUUCAAAGUCCUGUCAGUCAACACAGCUUUGUCCAUUCAGGCUCAUCCAAACAGAGAGUUAGCUGCUCGUCUCCACACUCAGUUUCCGGAGCACUACCCAGACGACAACCACAAGCCAGAAAUGGCCAUUGCGCUCACUUACUUCCAGGGCCUCUGUGGCUUUAGGCCAGUGGAGGAGAUCCUUGGAUUCCUCAAAUCUGUCCCAGAGUUCCACGCACUGGUGGGCAAAGAGGCAGCAGAGGAGCUGCGGUGCAGCGUGGGAGAUGCAGUUCGCACCAGGCAGGCCUUGAAGAAGUGCUUCACCAGGAUGAUGAAUUGUGAGAAGAAAGUGUUUGUAGAUCAGCUUAACAUGCUGGUGAAGAGAGUCACUGAAGAGGGCGCGGCAGACAAGGACACAUCCAGCAGCAAUGGUGAGCUAUUGCUUCGCCUCCAUUCCCAGUACCCUGGAGACAUUGGCUGCUUCUCCAUCUACUUCCUCAAUUAUGUGGCAUUGGAACCAAACCAGGCCAUGUUCCUUGGAGCCAGUGAGCCUCACGCGUACCUGUACGGAGAUUGCAUCGAGUGUAUGGCGUGCUCCGACAACACGGUGAGAGCCGGCCUGACCCCGAAAUACAUCGACGUCAACACGCUGUGUGAGAUGCUCAACUACAUCCCGGCCCCUUCUGCCGCCAAAAUUUUCCCGUCAGUCCAGGACAGCUCCGACCCAUGUGUCACUGUCUAUGACCCCCCUGUGCCAGACUUCACCGUCAUGAGGAUACAGGUCCCGGCCCCCGUGAAGCAGUACACUGUGGCGCCGGUCGACAGUGCCAGCAUCCUCCUGGUCAUCGAAGGAGAUGCCACUGCCGCAUCCGCCGGCGCGCUCUCCGAUGUCAGCCUGCGGCGGGGCACCGUCUUGUUUGUGUCCGCCAACGAGAGUGUGCUCCUGCAUGUGACCUCCCAGGCGGGUGUGACCAUGUUCAGGGCCUGCUGCCUCCUGUAGGUGUGAGUCGCGUGUGUGUGUGUGUGUGUGUGUGUGUGUGUGUGUGUGUGUGUGAUGAAGUGUGAUGGUCCCCGUGCACUUUGUAGGGUGGAAACUUGUAAACUCAGCAAACAGGGCCAACGUCUGGGGCCACGCCCCCUUCAGCUGGGCAUCAGCCCUAUUCAUUGGUUACCCUUGUUUAAGUGAUCAAAAUGAGUACAGCAAAUAAUUCCAAUCUGAACUGAUGAUCACACGACUUAGGAUUCCACUUGAAGCACCAGAUGGUGAGUUGAUCUUUUCACCAUCCUUCAUCAACACAGUGUGGUUGAAAGCACAAGUCUUCUGCACCUCAACAUUUUUACAAGUUAAACAGUGAUAAUUAAUUAAUGUGUAUGUUUUUACUUUCUUAAUACAAAGCUUCACUUUUCCUCAUGAGAAUGCAGUGAAUAACGGAAUAAUGCAAGCACAUUUUACACGAUGGCAAUUGUGGAAAUAUACACUGAUGACGAAUGCUGAAGCAUCUUUGCACUGGUGCAGAAUGCAGAAAUGACAUGUUUGUUACAUGUUUAUGUGGUGUGAUGCAGUUGUGUAAGCCUUGCACGUGUUUCCAGUUGAGUGUCAACAAGCCGAUCUUAUGGAGCUUGUCAGUCGAUACGCAGCUGAGGGGAUGCCCGAUGCAUGUUUAAAUGUACACAGAAUGACCGUGGCUUGGCACUGCCCAUUGCCAGCAUGCCUACAGCGUGGUAGAAGCUACCGUGCAACAAAGCAUGAUUAACGCGCAAACAAGGAAUGCGAAUGAACUGAAGUUCAUCUUCUUCAACAAAAUGCUGCAUCUACUUUUAAAGUGUAUAAAAUGUAAUUCACAGUAUUUGAAGCUUCAUUUGGGAUGUUUUCUCCUUUGUACUAACUCGUCAAAACAUGCCAUUGCCAACCAUGGAUGACCACUGGACUUUUCCCCCCCCCCCAUUAUGAUAAUAUCAUUAUUCAGUUAUUGAAUAAUGAUAUUUGUAGUUACCUAUGGCCAAGAAGUGCACUUUGUUCCAAACAGAUGUUAUGAUACAGUAUAUAUAUAUCAAAUAUUACGUACUUAUGUUGCAUAUUGUCACCAUCUGAACUCAGUGAUGUCUUCCCUUCGACUAACACUGUAUUUCUCUCUAGCUUUUAUGGUUUGUCACUACAAUUAGUCAACUAAAAGUUACUGCAAGGUGUCAGCCAUAUUUUUACGGUUUCUCACUUUUCCUUCAAUCAUGUGAUACAAGUCUGAUUUUAGUGUUUUUAACUGUUACCCUAACUUGUGUCUUUCAAAGGCACACAGACAUAAAAUAAGUUGAUGCUUUGUUUUACCAGUGUUGCCAACACUCAUCCCUGUACUUCCUACUGUAUUCCUCCAGCGAAAGCACGGUUUUUAGCAUUUUGGGAAUGCUGUAGCAUGGAACCGCAAAGAACAUGGACAUGAAACUGUGGUUUAAUAAAGGAUUU